GGCGGGCUCGGGCGGUAGCGGCGCGAGCUCGGCGAUGGGGAGCGGCGGCGUGAUCCACUGUAGGUGUGCCAGGUGUUUUUGUUAUCCUACCAAACGAAGAAUAAGAAGGAGACCCCGGAAUCUAACCAUCUUGAGUCUCCCAGAAGAUGUGCUCUUUCACAUCCUGAAAUGGCUUUCUGUUGGGGACAUCCUUGCAGUCCGAGCUGUACACUCCCACCUCAAGUACUUGGUAGACAACCACGCCAGUGUGUGGGCAUGUGCCAGCUUCCAGGAGCUAUGGCCUUCUCCAAAGAACCUGAAGCUCUUUGAAAGGGCUGCUGAAAAGGGAAAUUUUGAAGCUGCUGUGAAGUUGGGCAUAGCUUACCUCUACAAUGAAGGCUUGUCUGUGUCUGAUGAGGCCCGUGCAGAAGUGAAUGGCCUAAAGGCCUCUCGCUUCUUCAGCCUGGCAGAGCGACUGAAUGUGAGUGCCAUGCCCUUCAUCUGGCUCUUCAUCCGCCCGCCAUGGUCAGUGUCUGGAAGCUGCUGUAAGGCUGUGGUCCAUGAGAGUCUCAGGGCAGAGUGCCAGCUGCAGAGAACUCACAGAGCAUCCAUACUGCAUUGCUUGGGAAGAGUACUAAAUCUUUUUGAGGAUGAAGAGAAAAAGAAGCAAGCCCGUGACCUGUUUGAAGAGUCUGCUCAUCAGGGGUGUUUGGCCAGCUCAUACCUCCUCUGGGAGAGUGACAGAAGGAUUGAUGUGUCAGAUCCUGGACGAUGCCUCCACAGCUUCAGGAAACUCAGAGACUAUGCUGCCAAAGGCUGCUGGGAUGCACAGCUAGCGCUGGCCAAAGCCUGUGCAAAUGGAAGCCAACUUGGAUUAGAAGCUAAAGCCUGCAAUGAGAUCGUCUGCCAGCUGUUCCAGGCCUCUCAAGCCAUCAGUAAGCAGCAGGUCUUCUCCGUGCAGAAGGGACUCAAUGACACAAUGAGGUACAUUCUGAUUGACUGGCUGGUGGAAGUUGCCACCAUGAAGGACUUCACGAGUCUUUGCCUUCACCUGGCAGUAGAGUGUGUGGACCGCUACCUGCGGAGGAGGCUAGUGCCCCGGUACAAACUCCAGCUGCUGGGUAUUGCCUGCAUGGUCAUCUGUACCCGGUUCAUCAGUAAGGAGAUCCUGACCAUCCGGGAGGCCGUGUGGCUCACAGACAACACAUACAAGUACGAGGACCUGGUGAGGAUGAUGGGAGAGAUCGUCUCCACGCUGGAAGGGAAGAUUAGGAUCCCCACUGUGGUUGAUUUCAAAGAGGUCCUGCUGACGCUGGUCCCUGUGGCACCCAGAACCCAGCACCUCUGCAGCUUCCUCUGUGAACUUUCUCUGCUACACACCAGCCUGUCUGCCUAUGCCCCAGCCUGCCUGGCCUCUGCAGCUCUGCUCCUGGCCAGACUAAUGCACCGGCAGACACAACCCUGGACCAGUCAGUUGUGUGACCUCACCGGGUUCUCCUUUGAAGACCUCAUUCCCUGUGUCCUGAGUCUUCAUAAAAAGUGCUUCCAUGAUGAUGCCCCCAAGGACUACAGACAAGUAUCUCUGACCGCCGUAAAGCAGCGAUUUGAGGACAAGCGCUAUGAAGAAAUCAGCCAGGAAGAGGUACUGAACUACAGCCAGUUGUGUGUGGCCUUAGGAGUGAAGCAGGAGAGUCCAGAGCCCCCAUCUUGCCUCAGCACAGGAGAAAUCCACACCUUCCUCAGCUCUCCCUCCGGUAGGAGAAGCAAACGGAAGCGAGAGAACAGCCUCCAGGAGGACAGGGGCAGCUUUGUCACCACCCCUACUGCAGAGCUGUCCAGCCAGGAGGAGACACUGCUGGGCAGUUUCCUUGACUGGAGCCUGGACUGCUGCUCUGGAUAUGAGGGUGACCAGGAGAGUGAGGGAGAGAAGGAGGGUGAUGUGACAGCUCCCAGUGGUGUCCUCGAUGUCACCGUGGUAUACCUGAACCCAGAACAGCACUGCUGCCAGGAAUCAAGUGAUGAAGAGAACUGCCAGGAGGACAGGGGACACCAGUUGCCUGGCUCCCAGACACCUCCAGCCCUAGGGCCCAGGCCUCUUCUCCACAGCAGGAGGGAUCCUGACAAGGACGUCACAACCUCGGGGUACUCCUCUGUCAGCAGUGCGAGUCCUACAAACUCAGUGGACAGCAGCUCGGGGGGCCCUCCCCUCUCUACCUCAGUGCUGUCCCUGGGCAGCAACUCAGACACACAGCCUUGCCACCAUCAGGCCAAGAAAUCAUGUUUACAAUGUCGUCCCCCAACUCCCCCAGGGAGCAGUGCUCCCCAGCACCAGGUGAAGCGGCAAAACCUGUCCAUGCACAGUGGCAAGGACAUGAACUCGGGCUUCCUGAAGCUGUGAGUGUAUGUGUGUGUGUCUGCCGCAGUGAAUGUUUACUAUGGGGGGCAGGUGUGGACACUGGACAGGUGCUGUGCAGACCCUGGGCAGCUGUCAGAGAACAGGGGCAACUCAAGGGCACAGAGUUUCUUCCUCCAGGGAGGUCCCAUGUGAGCCCUCAAAAUGUCAAAAUCAGAGUGAAAACUCAGCUCUUUGGAAACUCAGCCUCAAUCAAUCAUGCCGCAGCAUGUGAGACCUAUCCUUACACCCUCCUUUGUUCUGCUGUCUCAGAGCAGAAGCCCACGUGUGUCCUGCUUUUCCCAGCAUUGGCCCACUGAGUCCUAUGCCAGGAACCAACAGCUUUCAUGUGACCCAGGUGUCCUGGCACAGCUCACAGCUCUGACCACACCACUGUGCCCUCACCCACCUCUGCCAGGCUGGGAUAACCACUCCCUUCUGGGCCGUGGGUCCCAUGGUAAGGCAACCUGUGACCCUGUAUAAUGAUGUGAACUGCAGUGUGAACACGAGGUAUGAGGGCCCUGAAGCCUAGGCCACAAGCUCCCUCACUCCAGCACUUCGAGCUCAUUUUAUAAAUCUGCCCCUCCUCCCAGAGUGGUCUGUCUCAUGGUGUCCAUGUGAAUAUCUCUCUUUGCACUGAAUUUAUGAGCCAUUCUCCUGUUUUUAUUUCUAAUUUCUUCAAAAUGAAAAUUUUUAAAAAAGUUAAAAUAUAGGGUGGGUAAAAGCAGAGAACAAAGAGAUGUUCCCAACAUUAUUUAGGCUCAAAUAGAAAGAACAUGUGACACUAGCCCUGUGGUGCUAUCCUGGCACACUAUGCAAACAGAAUUUUUCCAGAGAGGUUAGCCAGAAGAAAAUGGAGAAGUCAUAAUAUCUGAGGUGAUCAAGAGGAAGAAAAUCAGAGGGCUUGCUGAUAACUGCAGAUCUGCUGUGGAUUCCAAGCUGGCCAGAGUUGUGGCUUCCUACUUUGAAAACGGCCAGGGUGGAGCUCAGUGGUAGAGCACUUGCAUGUGAGUAUGCAUGUGAGCCUCAGGCAGCUGCCCCAACAGUGCCUGAGGAGCCAGCCAAGGCCCCCACUGAUCCUAACCCUGACCCUACCAGAGUACUUUUGUUUCCUUUCAAAUGUUAAAAAGAACCACUUGGUCAAUUUCCCCAAAUCCUCUUGAGCCAGAAGUACAGGGAAGGGGGUAUUGGUGGUGGCUUUGCGCUCUGUGUGUGUGUGUGUGUGUGUGUGUGUGUGUGUGUGUGAGAGAGAGAGAGAGAGAGAGAAAGACAGAGAGAUCACUGUGGCAGCUGUCUCUUGCUACUGUAAAAAAAAAUUCUGAGCACCCUGGGUGGGGCAUGGUUGGAUGAGGAGAGCCUAGGUGCUGGAAUUGUAAACCUGUCCUUUCCACCACGUGCCCCUGGGCAUAUGUGAGCCUCGGUUUCCUCAUCUGAGAUGGGGCAAUGAUAACCUACCUCACAGGGGUGUUGUGAGGAUUAAAUGUGAUGGGGACAGUGGCACAGGAGUGAUGCACCCUUAACUUGCCUUACCCCUCAUGAUUGCCCUGAUGAGAAUCCCAGCUUUGGGUGGACUCAGUUUUCUGUCUUCUCCCAGCCUGCACGCACUCCAGGCCCAGCCUGGAACCACCUGAUUUGUAUGGGUUUCCCUGUCUCCCUGCCCAGGACCUGAUAGUCACCUUGGUGCCCCCUGACUGCACUCCUCUGCUCUCAGCAGUGUCUCCCCACAGUCCUUCCCCAGAUGUUCCCUGGGUCACUGAGUGCCUUGUCCGACGCCCCCCCCUCCCCCACUGCCAAUACUGCCCAGGCUUUUGCAGCAGCAUCUGCCCGUGGCUGCCUCCUGGAACACUGACCUGCUGGAUGUUCUCAGGGCAGCUUCCCCUCCAUGCCCCCUACCCCCACCCCAAUCUUGAGCCAUCUUGCCAGAUCCAUUGUUCUAUGUGCUGCAUGCUCCUUCGCUUCAUCCCCCUAUAUCCAGGUAUCUACCUGAAACCUCCCUGGAUGUCACUACUUCCCUACCUCCAAAAAUGAACACUUCCUCCUCCCAUGUCCUGAUCUUAAGUCGUUCUCACUGGUUCCAUGUGCUUGACCUUGUGCUAGGUAGGUGGUCCUGGGGUCAGCAAGACAGUGCCUCCCUGGUUUAGAGUUGCCUUUGAUAGGAACUGUAAAGACAUGAAGCCAAUAGAGCCUGGCUCAGUGGGGCAAGCCUCUAAUCCCACUGACUCAGGCAGCUAAGACAGGAGAAUUCCAAGU